AAUACCAUUCUUUUUUUUUCGUUUAUCGAUAAUUCUUUGCAAUUAGGUACUUUAUUGACGCAAUUUGAUUUGACUGAAAUGUCAUAGCUUCUUUGAAUAGCCGAGGGAAAUAGGAAAUAGAUGCUUUGUGUGACCCAAUAGGGGACUUUGGCAAAGAGAUCACGUGACUUAGGUGUCAAACUCGCGCGCGCUCCGACUUUUAGCGGCAAAAUAACAACAACAAAGGCAAUAUAUUUAGCGCUGAAGAUAAUAUAAAGCCAGAAAGUUUUCUUUUGUCGUUCCUUGGCGAGACGGGCGCAGUUAAUUCUGUGUUUAUUUUGGCAGGAAUUUGCCACCUAAAACCUCACGUGAUUGCUUAGCACAAGUUUUCUUUUGCGUAAAAUAGUGUCGUGAUUGGCCUUCCAAAUAUAGAUUAUUUCUAGAUGGUGUCAGGUGUGGGAUAUUUUGGAUCGAAUCGCAUAUGAUUAAUUAAUACUUCCAAUUUCAGUUGGUUUGAUAAGAAAGGCUGAGUGUCAAUAGCAAUUCAAAUGCUAAUUUUAGCUUCACAUAGACAUCUGUUAAAAGACAUGCUUGUUUAUUAGAGAUUAAAACAAACGGCUCAAUUAAAAAUUCACAAUAUAUUCGAGGCAUAAAUAGAUUGGUAGAACAAAAUGCUUGCAAAGUUGUACGGAGCUAGAAAAUACGAUUCAGAGUGACCGUAGUUUAUUCGAAUUAGUCAAUUGAAAAACAGUAUACCCAGCCAUAUUAUUGGAAAAAUAUGAUUAUUCAUAGUAUGUGCCAUGUAUCACAUCUACAAUUGAGAUGACAGUCAUAUCGAUCUGUUUAUAUUGCCUCGCUUCAUGACCAGCGAGUCGAAAGUUUCUUGUUAUAAAUGUUUCACGAGAUACAUAGCCUAAGAGUUAAUUUUAGUUUCCUGUAAAAAAUUAAAGCGCGCUAUUUCUUUACAAAGACUUGCAAUGUUUCUUUAAUGAGUCUUAAAUUAGUUUGAUGAUUAGAACUGACGUACAAACCCCUCUUUACAAAUCACCAUUACACUCUUGUUUACGUUAAAUAGCUCCUGGCUUGAUUCUAUGAAUGUUAUUCUAUUCACUUUGCCUCGACUCAACAGACACAAGUUCAGGAAUAUUUAUAUUUUAAUCCUCAUCGAAUAAUUCAUCAUUGUAUAACACCGAGUGGUCCAAACAAGUGAAAAAUUGCAAGGUAAAGAUGACGGGGAACUUAUGGUUUUCUUUAAGGCAAAUUUUAAAUGCUCAAAACGUGUCAUAGUACACAAUUCUUGGAGGCAAAACUUCUCCUACAAAACUAAAAAAAAUUAACUUGAUACACAAAUACAUUUUUUGGAGAAUUUAUUUGGAAUCUUUGAUGAGAAUAACAUUUUUCGAUACCUAAAUUUCAAAAGUAUUGAAAGACUUAAAAAAAAGAAGAAUAAACAAAGCUGAAUCCAGAUGGCACAAAAUAGACACGCGUCGACAGGCGUGGACGGCUUGCCAAAAAAAAGCGAAGCCUUUCGGCGGUUGACAAAAUAUCUCCCUUUAUUUUACAUUUUUUAGUGUAGUUCACUUUGCGAAGGACUGGGUAGCUCACAAUGAAUUAAAAAUGAAUUAUAGAAUCCACGAAAAUGCCAGGGUUUUUGGCUAUUUCGUUUUUAGAUAGCAAAUUGACAUAUAAAUAAUAUAUAAAAUUUCUUUAAAUUUUUUGUCGAGGAUUCUGUGGUUUAAAAUGUUAAUUUUCGUUGCUGAUUAUUUUUUCGAAUUAUAACGUCAAAACAUUUAUCCUUUUUUGUCAUCACUGAUAAAUGCAAAUUUAAAUGGAAUGCUCUUCUAAUUUGUGAUAUAGACCCCUCCUGCAAAUGGGAAUUGGAAAUUCCGAGAGGAAGCAAGAUCAUUCAGAAUCUAUUUCCAUUGGUUAAAAUCCUGCAUUUUCCAUACAAAUAAAGUAGUUUUUGGCCUUUUUCUGGGGCUGAAAAGGAGGGGAGGGGGAUAAGAGCAUAAAAACAACUAAGAAUAUUGAAAAUCUGGGGAGGCUGUCUACUUCACUUAGGUGUUUUGGCUUUGAAAAACAAAUGAUUAAAACGACACUCUUCGCCAGUAGAGAACCUGUUUAUAUAAAUAGAAAAUGUGUUCUAUUUUUAGAAAAUCUGAAUGUAUGGAUACUACCCCCUGUGUACACACUUGACAGUCUAGACAGUUAUCUACUCGGUUGCCAUGCCUACCAGUCAUUGAUUAUCGAAAUAAGCCUUUUACAUAGACUACGUACAGUCUAGAAAGUCAUCUAUCGGAUUAUCAUGACUACAAGCUCAGUCUUAAAGUAUGAGGCAGUUUUGACAGAAUUUAAGAGCGAAUUUAGGAGCGUACAAUACAGGGUGAGAAUCACUAGGAACGUACAACACAGGGAGCCCAUCACUAGGAGCGUACAAUGAGCCCAUCACUAGGAGCUUACAACACAGGGAGCCCAUCACUAGGAACGUACAACACAGGGAGCCCAUCACUUGGAGCGUACAACUGGAUAGAUGUCUUUGGUGCGCCUUUUUGAGACUGGCUAUUUUUAGAAUGAAAUUACCGGUAGCCCAGCCACUCACGGCGAGUGUAAAAGAUAAGAAAGAUGCGUAUCAAUAAUUUUAUCCCAAAUUUACAGCGGGUCUAAAGAGGUUUUCUUGCACUAAGAAAUCACUUGAAUCAGAGCUAUAACAAAAAUAAAAUACAAAAAAGAGAGAUGACCAACUAGCCUCAUUAAAAGGCUGGAGACAGAGUUUGUUACGCCAAAUUUUAACAAGGAAAUCCCUAAAUUUUCGCUGAAUGCGCCUUGCUUUGCCGACGCGCCAUCCUCUGUUUACUUUAGAAAACCUGGUCAAGCUAGGUUACGCUACGCUAGGUCAUGCUAUCUGAUCUACUACCCCGUGGCGCACGAACAGUCCCCGACGCGCUAUCCGAAACCUUUCCGACUAAAUAAAAUAAUUGUACGGCUCUAAAUACGUGCGGAUUUGUUUACAUCUAAAAGUCUCGUAAAACUAAGGAUUUACACCGUCCAGACCAAAUCCGGCAGCUAAAACACACGAUGCUUUGCACGUGAAAUAUUUGUCUUAUCAAUUCCAUCUAUUUGUAACUAUUUCAUUUAGUUUUCCUGGGUAGAAAGAAAAACAAUUUUAUGCUUUUUAGAGAUAUCACACUGGCUUUAAUAUUACUUAGAGAUUACCAUAAAAAGGCAAAAUUAAUAAUUGGCUAAAAGCGACUCGUCGGUGAUUUCUCAUUGAUCAUUUGAUCAAUGCAGAAACCGGUUAAUUUAGGGAGACAGGUGAUAGACUGGGUUUUGGCUAAGUAAACAGUUCGUCAGGUGUACAAGAAAACAACAGUGAAAUCCCGAUCUAUAAACAGCACCCGAAAAUUUCAACUUUUAUUGAUGGGUGCCUGCGCAGCGAUGUGAGGGAUGACAAACCACUCCACCAGUGGCCCCCCCUCGGGGUACAUGUACUCACUCGGUCUUCACGCUCGUCAGGAGCCCACUCAGGCUUGGUACUGGGUACUACGCGGGAUCGUCGGCAUCACCACCAUAAUCAAUAAUACCCUUGUCCUCUACGUCAUAGCCACGCGCCGGAAGCUACGUCAGGAGAAAUCCAAUUGGUUUGUGCUCUCGCUGAGUACCGCUGACCUGCUUGUGGGCAUCAUCAUCACGGCCUUGCAGAUUUCUGAAGCGACGCAUGCGUCGACAGCACCCAAAGCGGAAAUGCGAUACGUGGUUUACGACCUUCUGAUCGAUGCUUCGAUUCUAAGCUUGUGCGCGUUGACGCUGGAUCGUUACCGCGCCAUCGUGACGCCAUUGCGUUACGAGAAUUACAUGACGCCAUACCGUGCGAUGUUUCUGAUUGGCUCUGCUUGGGGGAUUCCCCUGGCCGUGGCCCUUGCCCGGAUAUCAAUGACAGAACUCGAAAUCAAAGAUGAAAAAGAGCGCGAAAAAAUGUUCGUUGUCAUCCAAACGAUUUUCUUUAUUACAUUCCCAUGUAUCACGUUGACUAUCUCUUACAUAAGAAUUCUUCUUAUCGUAAGACGUCAUUCCCGAAAACAACGACGUCAAAAAGCUCAAGUCGACUACAACUACUCGACGGAUAGUAACCUUCACUCGAUAGACGAAGACUCGAAUUACCCGAAAGCGAGCUCCUCAACCGAAGGCACCACGACUACUACCACAACGAGUAGCUCAGGCGGGAAACUUUCCGUGCAUUAUGGGAAAAAGAGAGGCAUGGAUCAAGUCAUUAUCGAGGAUGAGGUCUCCGAAAGCACAGCUUCUAGGAUACUCAGUAACAUUCUCUCCCCCAAGUUGGACAAGACGUCCCUCCCGGCAAUAGGCGUGGUCAUCGUGUUGUUUGACUGUUUCUGGGGAUUCGGGGUGUAUUCAUACUUCUGCGACUCGUUCCUGCCGGAGAGCGUCCGACUGGAGGAGAAUAUGAAGCAUAUCUUGUGGUUAUUAAUUCUGAUGAACUCUGCGUGGAAUCCGCUGGUUUACGCCAUACUGAAGAAGGACAUUAGAAAAGAGAUACGCAAGGUAUUGCCUUGUAUGACGUCAGCACGAGGGAACUAUGGGGUCGAGAGUGGUAGUGAGGCACAACCUGUUAACCGACCAUCAAUUGAUAAGGAGAUAGAAUGACCCGCACACUAAUACCCUUGUUAACACUGACACAUUCAAGACAGAGUUGUAGAGGGUGGCAGUGAGACAAAACCUGCUUAACGACCAUCAAAUGAUGACGAACUACAAUGACACGCCAUAAAUACCCUUGUUAAUACUAACACAUAAGAUACGAGUAUCAAGCGAGGAUUGUACUGAUACAAAACCUGCUUAACGACCAUCAAAUGAUGACCCUUUGUAAUGUGGACACACGAAGAUUAGAGUAUCAGUCGUAAUAAAUGAUGUCUAAACAUAUAGCGAUGUUUCUAGAUGGUGCUUCACAACCUCCAACCGACCAUCCAAUUAAAAUAAGCCACAAUAUAUCACAUAAACACCCUCGUUAAAGCGAACACUGUUUCAUUAUAUUGUCUGAUUUCUCAGCGUAGAGCUUUUGAAUCUAUGGCUAGAUGAUGCUUCUCGACCAGAAAACCAUCAUCUUGGAGAUAUUCAGUCUUAGUGAGCACCCUCAAUAAAGCGGACAUGAAAUCGUGUGAAGCGACAGACCUAAAGUUCAAACAUUGCCAGACUGAGAUGUAAAAUUGCGACGAAACCUUAACAGCGACCAUAACAUUGAGCGAGGUCGAAGGGCAGCUAUAUAAUGGACCUCAAUAAAGUGGGCAUCUACGUACUUUUACUAUCAACUCAUCAAUGAUCAAUCUACAUCCACGGAUACUAUGCUCUUAAGCUGAUAUUUCUUUUAUCUGUUGGGAAGGGAGGUAAUAACGAUUCAUUUGGAUUUAAUGUUUUAUACCUCAAUCACAGAAUCAAAUUGAUGUGGAACUUUAUAAAGUUAUAUAGCUUAGUUGACUCUGCUCGUCAAGAACGGAUAUAAAAACAUUAAGAGAUAGGGACUUUAUAUAAAUGGUUAUAUAAAGGAAAGUCGGGCGACUUCCCUCGCCUGGGAUUUUUUUAGAUCGUUUUUAAGUAUACGUGAAUAAGAAAAAAAAUCUUUCAAAACACAA